CGGUAUUUCCCUCAGACUGCCAAGCACACAAUGACAGAGAGCCACCGGUAGAGCAACAUGCCAGAUUCUGGAUUUAUUGUAUGGAUUAUAUUCUCCUCAUGGGGAAUAAUGAGUGCUGGCAGUUUGAGGACUCUUCCUCAUGUGAAGAAGUACCAAACAGUGAUACCUCAGAGGCUGAAAGAUUCAUCUCAGGUUAAUGAUGCUGCUACACAUCAGACGUACCCUGAUGUGGUCCAGUACUCUUUGACGAUUGCAGGGAAGAACUACACGUUGCAUCUGGAAAAGAACAAAAAUCUUGUUGGGAAAAACUUCUCUGUGACACAUUAUUCAGAUCAGGGCACUCCAGUCACAACUACUCCUGAUCUUGUGGGCCACUGCUAUUAUCAUGGACACGUCAUGGGCAUGGAGGACUCGUCUGCCAGCGUGGGACUGUGCUCAGGAAUCAAGGGCUUUGUGCGUCUCCAGGACCAAAUGUACCUCAUUGAACCUCUAUCUGGUGCCAAAGCGGGUCAGCAGGAUGAGGUCCAGAGCUCCGAGGAUCACAGUGACGAGGGUCUACACGCCGUUUACGACUACAAACACCUGAGGAUAAAGAGGAGCUCCUGUUCCCAUGGAAACACAACCACUUUCUAUGAUCACGGCCCUCGUUCAUCUGGACUGUUCAAGCUGGGCAGUCUGAAAAGCAGAGCUCAAACCAAAGAGCAUAAAAAGAAAGUCAGGACGGUGGAGCUGGUUGUUGUGGUCGACCACACUGAGUACAAGAAGUUCAGCAAUAAGAGGACAGUGGAGUCGAGAGUGCUUGAAAUAUCAAACCAUGUGGACAAGCUCUAUCGACCGCUGAAUAUUCGCGUGAUGCUGGUCGGUGUGGAUAUCUGGUCGUACAGAGAUCAGAUUGACGUCAGCACUAGCCCUGAGAUCACCCUUGGACGCUUCCUGGAGUGGCGGCAGCGUAACCUCCUGCAGAGAACACAGCACGACAACGCACAGUUCAUCACAGGAGUGGAUUUCGACGGUUCGACUGUCGGCUUAGCCAACACCAACGCCAUGUGCACCUCCAACUCUGGAGCUGUCAAUGAGGACCAUAACACCAACUCAAUAGGAGUGGCCUCCACGAUUGCACACGAGAUGGGUCACAACCUGGGCUUGUCCCAUGACAAUGAAAACUGUGUCUGUGGCUCCUCAAUCACCAAAAAAGGCUGCAUCAUGUCAGAAAGCGUCGGCUUUGUGUAUCCAAAGGAGUUCAGCAGCUGUAGUCAGCAGCAGCUCAGCAAGUUCUUGGACGAGGUGGACCCUGCCUGUCUGCUGGAUUCUCCCUCUACUGAUCGCGUCUACGGAGGGCCCGUGUGUGGGAACGCGUUCCUUGAGCCUGGAGAGGAGUGUGACUGUGGCAAGGCAGAGGAAUGUAAGAAUCCCUGCUGUAAUGCCACCACCUGCAAACUAAAAGCAGGAGCUGCGUGUGCAGAGGGAGAGUGCUGCCACAACUGCCAACUCAAACCAACAGGCAGCGUCUGCAGACCAAAGACUGGUGAUUGUGACCUUACAGAAUACUGCACUGGCUUCUCCGCCUCCUGCCCAGCUGAUGCCUACACUCAGAACGGCCGGUCAUGUAGCCGGGGAAAGGGAUACUGCUACAAUGGACAGUGUCCUUCUCGGCAGGAACACUGCAAGAGGCUUUGGGGUCCAGAUGCUGAAGUGGGUGGAGAAGGUUGUUUCUACCAGCAAGGAAACUGCAGACGGACGCGGUUUGGUCAGAAAUGUUCUAACCGAGAUCAAUCCUGUGGAACGCUUUAUUGCACUGGAGGUUGGGAGUUUCCUGUAACAUCCAUCAAGUCCUUUUCACAAUUAGGAAAUGGGGACGUAUGCAAUGAGGCCAAAAUGAAACCUGAAGAUAACUACCCUGCAGAUCUGCCCAAGGUGCCCACUGGAACCAAGUGUGGUGACAACAUGGUAUGCUACAACCAACGGUGUCAGGGCAUCAACAACAUUAAUGUGUACGGCACAGACGACUGUUCAGCCAAAUGCAACAACAACGGGGUUUGUAACCAUGAGAGGAAGUGUCACUGCGACCCCGGCUGGGCCCCGCCUUACUGUGACGUUCAGCUGACAGAGCUGCCUGAAGUGGCAGGUACCGUGGUGUUAGCUGUGUCUCUGGCAGUUUGCUGUCUCCUGCUGUUGGUUGUUGUUAUCGGGACUCUGAUGUGCUGCUUGAAAAAGAGACGACCUGCAAAGAGAUCCUUUCAAUCUACCUCAGGACAAUUCAACCCCUUGUUUCAGUCGAGCAGUACACGCAGCAGCCCUCGAGUCGGGGCGGCGCACAUCAGCAAGCCCAUAUUUGUAGAGUCUUCAGCUGCUCAGGCCUGUAAACCUCUGACCUCUGCUCCUGCAAGACCACAAAUGGGAGUGAAGCCCAGCAGAACAGCUCCAGAGCCACCUAACAAAGCAGCUUCCGUACCUCAGCCAUCAAAGCUGCAUCAGGUUGGAAGGCCCUUCAUGCAGCCAUCAAAAAUUUCAAGCAAGCCAAUCUACACUGAGAAUAAGCCACUACCUCCCUCCAGACCUCUGCCCCCACUUACAACAAAACCGAUCUCGAAGCCAAAGCCUCCGAUGCCCCCAGCGAAGCCGAAGCCCUCUGCAGCCCCGUCUGCUCUGCCUCACACUCUGCUGCUUGCAGGCAGAGCUGCUCUGAUGCCCCCCAGCCGGCCCAGAUGACAGAGGGAAUAGUUGAGCCUGAUGUAAACAUCAUGAUCCUUUUGACAGCAAACACUGUUGUUGACCCAUCAAGAAGGACCUGAAAUCCUCUCAGGAGACACUUCUCUGUUUUUAAAGAGGAGACUCGAUCCACUGAAGGAUCAGCAACAAAGAGUGACAGAGCUUUUCUGUCACUUAUCGUCUCUCUGAAGAUUACUGCCGUCUGUGUCUUGCUUAUGUAAGUCUUCAGUAUGUUGAUGGAAACCUGAAGCCCUGAUUGACAGACUGUACGUCUGUGCUUUAUAAAUGACAAAUGGCACUGCAGCCAUGAUGAUUUUUUUUUUUUCUUUAAGGGAAACGUCUCUCUGCCUUGAUCCUCGAAUAUGUGAAGACUUUAUGAGGAAAUUGCACUAUUGAUGCUGUAUUUGUUUUAACUGUUACAAUCCCCUCAUGUAGAUUUGGUACUCAUUUUUUAAGGAAUAAUAUUGUUAAGGGAUUUUAAAAUAUUGCACCAAUGUCUGCACUUUACAGAUUUGUCUUAUUAGGAACAAAUGUUUGUGACAUUUUCUUGCACAGUUUUCCUGUACUAACUUAGGUAUGCUUGACUUUGUGAGGCUGAAUUAUCACGUACAGUUGUUUUGUUAUGCAUAUACGUGUUUUUUGUCUUUAAGGGAUUUUAUAUUGUAUUUUCUAUGCAGCAGACAUGAUCACAAAGUUCUCCCUUAUCAAUGCCAAUGAAUGUGGUCUUUUCUGCAAACUUUGAAAUUAAAUUUAUUGAAUUUACUCUAAAAAUAUUCUUUGCUAUUUAUUGAGAUCUUCUUUAUUCUGUAAAAUGGAGCUUGAAAUAAAGAAUAAUCACCAAAAUCAAA